AGCAGAAUCCAGUGUCGACAUCAACAUGAAGGUGUUCCUAACUAUCCUGGCUCUGGCCGUGGCCUCGGCCGCCGCCUUCGACGAGAAGGUCUUCGUGAAGGACCUGCCCAAGCCCAUGAAGAUCGAGGGUCGUAUCACGAACGGAUACGCCGCCCCCGAGGGCAAGGCCCCCUACACCGUCGGUCUCGGCUUCAGCGGAGGCUGGUGGUGCGGCGGCUCCAUCAUCGGAAACACCUGGGUCCUGACCGCCGAGCACUGCAUCGGAGACGCCGGCUCCGUGACCGUCUACUUCGGAGCCACCUGGCGCACCAACGCCCAGUACACGCACACCGUGGGCAACGGCGACUUCAUCAAGCACUCCAACGCCGACAUCGCCCUGAUCCGCAUCCCCCACGUGGACUUCUGGCACAUGGUCAACAAGGUGGAGCUGCCCAGCUACAACGACCGCUACAACAACUACAACGAGUGGUGGGCCGUGGCCUGCGGAUGGGGCGGCACCUACGACGGCAGCCCGCUGCCCGACUGGCUGCAGUGCGUCGACCUGCAGAUCGUCCACAACGACGAGUGCGGCUGGACCUACGGCAGCGUUGGCGACAACGUCAUCUGCACCCGCACCGUCGACGGCAAGUCCAUCUGCGGAGGAGACUCCGGCGGUCCCCUGGUCACACACGACGGCAGCAAGCUGGUCGGCGUCAGCAACUUCGUCUCCAGCAACGGCUGCCAGUCGGGAGCUCCUGCUGGCUUCCAGCGCGUCACCUACCACUUGGACUGGAUCCGUGACCACACUGGCAUCUCUUACUAAUUUCCUAAAGUAAAAUGAUUAUUUGAAAAGUAA